AACCAGUCUGGUGACACCUGCAUCGAUUUAUAUCUGAUCAACUAUAUCAUAUACACAUAUAUCUUGUUCGACUCGAAGUUGUCUUCACGAACCACUCAAGUUCACCAAAUCUUAAUUCCCGGCUAUCCCCUGCAAAGCCAAUCUACCCUACCCUCACCCCCAGAUCAUCUUAAUCCACUUUUGCGCUGCACGCCACCAAAGCCAAAAUGUUCCAGCAAAGAGCCGCCCAACGUCUGUUCACCACCCUGCGCCCGCACAUUGCGCGCCGAAUGAUCGCAACCCAGCCUCCCAAGGCCGCCGUCCAGGAACAGAUUUCCAAGACCGAAUUCCUGACUACUGUCAUUGCAUUCAGCGGGGCGACCGGUGUCAUCCUCGCCUGCGUCACAGCGCCGUCGUCAUCUUCAUCAUGAAGUUUAUCCCAGCAAAUUUUUUUCUGACGACUAGUGGUGCCGUUGUAAAGAAGUCCAGUUUGUACUAGCGACAUAACGUUGGAGGAUGAUUUGAAGAGUGGAGGAAAGGAUACCCAGGCGCAUCUCUUGCGCCCUUAUAAACUUCAGCGUUACUAUAGACGGCUCCAGUAUACAAUGGCCAUCGCAACCCUAAGUGCUGGGCUUCAGGUGAUGAGCCAGUCCAAUAGCAUCCGGGGGCUCUUGUAGCCGGAAAAGGAAUAAUAAUCAUUCAAACGUCUU